AUGUCUUCCGCGUGUAAUGUCGAAUCAGCGAUCGUCGGCAAGAAACUUCGCUCUGCAAUAUCCUUGUUAUCAUUGGAAUCCGCAUCGAUUCCUUGGUCUCUUGGCGAUAACUCUUGCGUUAAAUUAUCAUCCGGGACUACGUUAACCAAUGAUAUCGCUAUUGCUCGAUAUCUUGCUCGAAGUCAAACUGAAUUGAAACUUUAUGGCCAUAAUAUAUUGCAAUCCACCGAGGUUGAUACUUGGAUCUCCUUUAGUCAAAAAUGCCUUGGUCAAUCCAAUCCAGACUUCUCUUACUUAAAUGAACAGCUUGCACUAAGGACCUACUUAGUUGGUAAUAACGUAACGCUAGCCGACUUUGUUGUCUGGACAACCAUUCGAGUAAAUGGGCAUGAAGACUCUCUUUGCAAUUAUACUAACGUAAAGAGAUGGCAUGACUUCCUAUCGAAUCAAAGCAUCUUUAUGAAGGCGUUAUCUCAGUUACAGAAAACUGUUAAAGAAGCAACACAACCAAAAGAAGACUUGGGCAAAUUUAUCGAGUUACCAGGAGCUGAAAUGGGAAAAGUUGUGGUACGUUUCCCUCCGGAGGCUAGCGGGUACUUACAUAUUGGUCACGCUAAAGCUGCCCUUCUUAAUCAACAUUAUCAAACCAACUUUAAAGGAAAAUUGAUAUUUAGAUUUGAUGAUACUAACCCUGUUAAAGAGAAAGCUGACUUUGAGAAGGUUAUUAUUGAAGACGUAUCAUUGUUACAAGUUAAGCCUGAUAUUUUUUCGCACACUUCGGAUCACUUUCCGUUGAUGCUUGAAUUGGCGGAAAAAUUGAUAAAAGAAGGGAAAGCAUAUGCUGAUGAUACACCAGCUGACGAUAUGAAAAAACAACGAGAACAAAGACUUCCCUCUAAAAAUCGUGAAAAUUCUGUUGAGACAAAUUUGCAAUUGUGGAAGGAAAUGCAAGCUGGUACUGAGAGAGGACUGCAAUGUUGCAUUCGUGCUAAAAUUGAUUAUAAUUCUGUUAAUGGCUGCUUGCGUGAUCCGACAAUGUAUAGAUGUAAACUAGAAGCUCAUCCUAAGACUGGAACAAAAUACAAGGCGUAUCCAACAUAUGACUUCGCUUGCCCUAUCGUGGACAGUGUUGAGGGUGUUACACAUGCCCUACGGACGACAGAGUAUCAUGACAGAGAUGACCAAUAUUAUUGGUUUAUAAAGCAAAUGGGUCUUCGUACACUGCACGUAUGGGAAUAUAGCAGAUUGAACCUAAAUCAUACUGUCUUGUCCAAACGAAAGUUAGCUUGGUUUGUUGAGCAAGGACUUGUUGAUGGCUGGGAUGAUCCUCGAUUUCCAACUGUACGAGGCAUUGUUCGUCGCGGUAUGACGAUCGAAGGACUGCGCCAGUUUAUUGUUGCUCAGGGAUCAUCUCGUAGUGUUGUCAAUAUGGAGUGGGAUAAAAUCUGGGCUUUUAACCGCAAGGUAAUUGAUCCUAUUGCUCCACGCUUCACCUCAUUAUUAAAAGGCUCCACUGUGCAAAUAACAAUUCCUGGUGUAGAAGAAAAAUCCGAAUCUGCACUCAAACAUCCGAAGAAUAAAGAUGUAGGAAUGAAGACCGUAUGGUAUUCUUCGAAUGUUCUCGUUGAUAAAGUAGACGUAGUUGACGUCCAAGAAGGCGAAAUUGUCACGCUUAUCAACUGGGGCAAUAUUAAAAUAAGUAAAGUUGAAAGAAAUGGAAGUAAUGAAGUUACUGGAAUAACAGCUAGUCUCGACCUGGAAAAUACUGACUACAAGAAAACGAGAAAACUUACGUGGUUAUCAAAAACUGACAAGGCACCGUUUGUACCAACGAUUGGAGUAUACUAUGACUAUUUGAUUACAAAGACUGUCUUAGGAAAGGAUGACAAUUUUAGAGAUUACGUCAAUAAGAACACAAAGAAUAAUGUGGAGAUGUUAGGAGAUCCUGAACUAAAAUUUUUGAAAGCUGGAGAUAUCAUUCAGCUACAAAGACGAGGAUUUUUUAGAUGCGAUAAAGCAUUUGACCCUGCAACUGGUGAACCUUGCGUGCUCAUUUGCGUUCCUGAUGGACAUACAAAGUCUGCUAGUGGAAAAAACACCGAAACGAAAUCAAGUAAAGGAACCGAAGCAAAGAAACCUAAGAAGGAACCGGCAAAAACGCCUGCAGCGACAUCGAAUACGACAGCCUCCUCGCAAGAAGUUGAUAAAUUAAAAAAUGAGAUUACGGAACAAGGAAACAAAGUUCGAGAGCUCAAGGGUUCUAACGCCGCCAAAGAGACCGUUGAUGCAGAAGUGAAGAAAUUAUUGGAAUUAAAAAAGCGAUAUAAAGAUUUAACUGGCGAGGAUGUAUCUGGAGCAAACCGUAGUAAGAAGCCAAGUAAAGAGAAAAAAGCUGGUAAUCAGGACAAAAAUACGGCAAAACCGAAAAAAGAAAAGCCAGUUAAACAAGAAGCUCGUAAAGAGGAAAAUGCCGGAUUACAAGAUGAGCGAAACAACCCUGAACGAAAGAAGGUAUCUAGAUUAGGAUUAGAAAUUGCAAAGGAAGAAAAUCUUGGAGAAUGGUAUUCACAGGCAAUUACGAAAGCAGAAAUGAUAGAAUACCAUGAUGUUAGUGGAUGUUAUAUUCUCCGUCCUUGGUCAUACGCUAUUUGGGAAUAUAUUAAAGAUUUCUUCGAUGCAGAGAUUAAGAAACUAGGAGUCAAAAAUGUAUAUUUCCCAAUCUUUGUUUCGAAAGCCGCUUUGGAAAGGGAGAAAACUCACAUAAGCGACUUUGCUCCAGAAGUUGCUUGGGUUACUAAAUCUGGCGAUACAGAACUUGCUGAGCCUAUUGCUAUUCGUCCCACUAGUGAAACAGUUAUGUACCCAUCCUAUGCUAAAUGGAUUAAGUCUCAUCGUGAUUUGCCUCUAAAGCUAAACCAAUGGAAUAAUGUUGUUAGAUGGGAAUUUAAACAUCCGCAACCGUUCAUUCGAACAAGAGAAUUUUUAUGGCAAGAAGGCCACUCAGCCUUUGUCUCCAAGAAAGAAGCCGAAGAAGAAGUUUUUACGAUACUAGAAUUAUAUCGACGUAUUUAUGAAGAGUUAUUAGCUAUUCCAGUUGUUAAAGGCCGAAAAACAGAGAAAGAGAAAUUUGCUGGUGGCGAUUUUACUACUACUGUUGAGGCUUUUAUCGAUGCAAAUGGCAGGGGUGCACAGGGCGCAACCUCGCAUCACCUGGGUCAGAACUUUUCUAAAAUGUUUGAAAUCGUUUAUGAACAUCCAGAAACUAAAGAAAAAGCGUUUGUUUAUCAAAAUUCUUGGGGUAUUAGUACUCGUACCCUUGGUGUCCUAUGUUUAGUUCACGGCGAUAACAAAGGACUGAUUAUACCACCCAAGGUUGCCGAUAUUCAGGUUAUAAUUAUUCCGUGUGGUAUAUCUGCUAAUCUUAGCGAGGACGAAAGAAACAAAAUUUAUGAUUCCUGUUCUAGUUACGUAAAAAUCUUAAAAGACGGCGGUAUUCGUGCUGAUUGCGACACUCGAGACAAUUAUUCAGCAGGAUGGAAAUUCAACCAUUACGAAUUGAAAGGUGUACCACUCAGGAUGGAGCUUGGCCCAAAAGAUAUCAAAAAUAAUCAAUUUGUUACUGUCCGCCGUGAUAAUGCGCAGAAGAGUUCCUCUAAUGCUGAUAAUGCAGUUGAACACAUUAAAAUGUUACUAAAUGCGGUCCAGACUGAUAUGUUUAACAAGUAG